GUUGGGCCGUGGCGCUCCUCUCGCGAGAUCACACGCGCUCUCGUGUUGUUGUUGUUGUGGUGAUGAUGGCGGCAGGCGCGGAGGCCCCGGACUCCUGGUAUCUCGCUCUUCUCGGUUUCGCCGAACAUUUCCGGACCUCCAGUCCUCCCAAAAUCCGCUUGUGUGUGCACUGCCUGCAGGCCGUCUUCCAGUUCAAGCCCCCGCAGAGAGUGGAAGCCCGCACUCACCUGCAGCUCGGCUCGGUGCUCUACCACCACACGAAGAACAGCGAGCUGGCCCGCACACACCUCGAGAAAGCGUGGUUCAUCUCACAGCAAAUAGCUCAGUUUGAGGAUGUGAAGUUCGAGGCGGCGAGUCUCCUGUCGGAGCUCUACUGUCAGCAGAACUUGGUUGAUUCUGCGAAACCACUGCUGAGGAAGGCCAUCCAGAUCUCACAGCAGACCCCCUACUGGCACUGCAGACUACUCUUCCAGCUCGCGCAACUGCACACGCUGGAGAAGGACCUGGUGUCUGCGUGUGAUCUGCUGGGGGUCGGAGCGGAGUACGCCAGAGUCGUGGGCUCUGAAUACACCAGAGCUCUCUUCCUGCUGAGCAAAGGCAUGCUGCUGCUGAUGGAGCGUAAGCUGCAGGAGGUGCAUCCGCUCCUGACUCUCUGUGGACAGAUCGUGGAGACCUGGCAGGGAAACCCCAUCCAGAAGGAGUCUCUGCGCGUCUUCUUCCUGGUGCUGCAGGUCACACAUUACCUGGACGCCGGACAGGUGAAGAGCGUCAAGCCGUGUCUGAAGCAGCUGCAGCAGUGCAUCCAGACCAUCUCCACGCUCCACGAUGAUGAGAUCCUGCCCAGUAACUCGGCCGAUCUCUUCCACUGGCUGCCCAAAGAGCACAUGUGUGUCCUGGUCUACCUGGUGACGGUCAUGCACUCGAUGCAGGCUGGGUAUCUGGAGAAAGCUCAGAAAUACACUGAUAAAGCCCUCAUGCAGCUGGAGAAGCUGAAGAUGUUGGACUGCAGCCCCAUCCUGUCCUCGUUUCAAGUUAUUCUGCUGGAGCACAUCAUCAUGUGUCGUCUGGUGACGGGACACAAGGCCACGGCGCUGCAGGAGAUCUCUCAGGUGUGUCAGCUCUGUCAGCAGUCUCCACGGCUCUUCUCCAAUCACGCGGCUCAGCUCCACACACUGCUGGGCUUGUACUGUAUCUCUGUUAACUGUAUGGACAACGCUGAGGCCCAGUUCACGACAGCGCUACGGCUCACCUCCCAUCAGGAGCUGUGGACGUUCAUCGUCACUAACCUGGCGAGUGUGUACAUCAGAGAGGGGAACAGACAUCAGGAGCUCUACAACCUGUUAGAGAGGAUAAACCCAGACCAAAACUUCCCCGUCAGUUCUCACUGUCUGCGCGCCGCUGCCUUCUACAUCCGAGGCCUUCUGUCCUUCUUCCAGGGACGCUACAAUGAAGCCAAGCGUUUCCUGCGCGAGACGCUGAAGAUGUCGAAUGCGGAGGAUCUGAAUCGUCUGACGGCCUGCUCUCUGGUGCUGCUAGGACACAUAUUCUACGUGCUGGGGAACCACAGAGAGAGUAACAACAUGGUGGUUCCUGCGAUGCAGCUGGCCAGUAAGAUCCCAGACAUGUCUGUGCAGCUCUGGUCAUCCGCUCUGCUCAAGGAUCUGAACAAGGCUUGUGGGAACUCGAUGGACGCACAUGAAGCAGCGCAGAUGCACCAGAACUUCUCCCAGCAGCUCCUGCAGGAUCACAUCGCCGCCUGCAGCCUGCCGGAGCACAACCUCAUCAGCUGGACUGAAGGACCUCCUCCUGUGCAGAUUCAAGCUCAGAACGGACCCACCACCAGCCUGGCCAGCCUGCUUUAAACACACACACACACACACACACACACACACACACACACGCUGUACAUACAGGUCAUCCUCACACACACACACACACACACUCUCACGGGUCGAGCGAGACUCCGCUGCCUUUCACCUGCAGAUUUCUCUCUCUUACUGUUCAGAUUUUAAAUUAUUGAGUUGUUCACAGUUUAUGUCUUUUGGUGCGUUCUGAUUGGCUGUGUUCAGAGCGUGGACAGUUGGGGUCAGAGGUCACAGCAGAUGUGUGUUUGACUCAUGUGACCGCAGUGUUUGUGUCGCUGUACUAGUGUGUAAGGAGUCGUUAGAGUUAGACACAACUCACUCUGAUCUCAAUUCAGAGUAACUCUUCAAACCUCAUCCAACACAAAAUAAAACACAGUUCAGUCAGAAAAUGAAGCCUGAUUUUAGCCGUUUUUAACCCCUAAAUUCUCAUUAUUGUAAUAUUAAUUUUAAGUUAUUAAUGCAUUACUAUAGUAUUUGUUGUACUUCCUUUAAUUUAUGCUGGUUUAAAUAAAUCUUUACAGGAUUUGUGCAUUUACAGCAAUGAUGGAAAAACAUGACAAUAACAUCACUGAAAAAAAAAAAUCUUCAAACAGGGUUCACUUUCAAAUGUUUUUCCAUUGACCCACAUCACAGGAAGUGGAUGUCAUGUGACCAGCAGAGGGCGCCUGCUGACUACAGCUUCACUCAUAAACCCUUGAGUGUGUGUGUGUGUGUGUGUGUGUGUGUGUGUGUGUGUGACCGCUGACCCAACUCUUCUGUGUGCUGAUAUUUUUACACGCGUCUCAUUUUGUGCUCAGAACAGGUUUGUUUUGUUCUUGCACGUCUCUGUACAAACACUUUUCUUUUAAAGGUAUUAAUCUCUUUUCCUCUGUAGUUUUAACAAAUACAUUUAUUAGAUUUUGUAAAGUUUGAAUAUUUAUAUACUACAUUUAACAAUAUUAUCCUCUGUCAUUAUUUUCAUUUGGAAUAGCAUUGGUUUGUGUAAAUGUUGUUUCUUUGGUCAUCGUAGUAAAGACUCGCUCUGCGCUCGGAUCUGCCACCGAUCUUUAUAAUAACUGUAUUUUUAAACUUUGUGUCAGCUUCAAAAUCAUCAGGAUUUUUUAAAUAAAAUUGGAGAAGUGUA